AUGCACAUAAGUUCUGGGAGAUUGUCAGUGUCAGACAAACUGGAAAUCCUAGAUUUGAGCUAUAACGAAUGGGAUGAAAAUGUUCCCUCUGUUUUAGAGCUAAAUACAUCUAGAACAGCAUUGAAGAAGCUCGAUAUAAGGCACAACGGAUGGAGUUUUAUACCAAACGAAGAGUUGGGAGCUUUAAGAAAUAUAGAGUACUUACUACUGGAUGGAAACACAUUGGAUGAGAACUUCCUCAGGAGCAGUGGUGUAAUGUCAUCCCUUAAAGUAUUAUCAGUCGCUGGAUGCAACCUCAAUGGAACCCUACCUCUUCAAGGCUUGUGUGAUCUAAAAUAUCUUGAAGAACAAAGUCUCAGCGGAAACAGCUUCACUAGAAAACUCCCCACAUGUCUUGGAAACUUAACAUAUCUUCGGGUAAUUGAUCUCACUCAAAAUCAGUUUACAGGAAACAUUGCCUCAUCUCCACUUUCAAGUCUGUUGUCCCUUGAAUAUCUCUUGUUAGCAAACAACAACUUUGAGAUACCAAUUUCAUUCGAGUCAUUUGCUAACCAUUCAAAACUUAAGUUUGUCUUUGCUGACCAAAACUCAGUAAUUGGACAAACUUCUUCUAAAAGUUGGAUCCCAAAGUUUCAUUUAGAAGCCUUAUCUUUAUCCAACUGCUCUCAAAUGCCAAGUUUCCUUCAUUAUCAACAUCAUCUAAGACUGCUUCAUCUCUCGAAAUGCAACAUUGGUGGAGACUUUCCAAAUUGGUUGUUAGAAAACAAUUCUAGACUUGGAGAAGUUUACUUGGAUGGAAAUGCAUUCGCUGGAUCUCUUCAAUUGCCAUUCCUUCCUAAUCUGAAAGCUUUUGAUAUCUCAAACAACAAGAUUCGAGGGAAACUUUCUCCUGACAUUGGGUCCAUUUUCCCAAAUCUCGUGAUAUCAACAAUGUCCAACAAUAUGCUUGAAGGCUUGUUGCCUUCAAGUUUUGGUGACAUGAAAGACCUUGUAUACUUGGAUUUGUCAUACAAUAAGUUAACAAGAGACCUACCGAUUGCACUUGCUCGUGAAGGAUCCAAGUUAUAUUUUCUGAGAUUGUCGAAUAACAUGUUGAAAGGGGAAAUAUUUCCAGUUUCAGCUAACAUCAACAAUUUCCAAUAUUUAUACUUGGAUGGGAACAACUUCUUCGGGCCAAUUCCACAGAAGUUAUCCACUGCUCCUUUAAUUACAUUGGACUUAAGUUACAACAAAUUGUCAGGAAACAUACCAGCCUGGCUUGGUAAUAUCUCCUCCUUAACCUACCUUGCAUUGUCUAGAAACCAUCUAAAGGGACAUAUUCCACCUGAUUAUUGUAGACUUCAAGGACUUGAGGUCUUGGAUCUCUCUGAAAACAACCUUGUUGGUGCAAUUCCAUCAUGUUUCAGUUCUUCCCUAAACCUAGAACAUGUCUAUUUGAGCAAAAACUUGCUACAAGGCGAACUCCAUAUGUUCUCAAAUUGCUCGCAUUUGAAGUUGUUAGAUCUUGGAGAUAACAAUUUUAGUGGUUCAAUUCCAAAGUGGCUAGGCAGUCUUGAGAUAACCACCUUACUCUUGAAAGGAAAUCAUCUGCAAGGCACCAUUCCCACAGAAUUGUGUCAUGCAAGUGAAUUGAGAAUUAUGGAUCUUUCUCACAAUAAUCUCUCGGGACCUAUUCCUUAUUGCUUUGGGAACAUAAUGCAAAAAGCAUGGGAGAGAGAAGUAUACGCUUUCAGUAGUUCAUCAUUUGGAUAUUCAGGAUCCCAGACGUUUGGAGGAGAUGCCAUGAUAGAUGUAACACUCCCCUCGAUAUUCGAACAUCGAUAA